CAUGGAGUCUGCAAUUCGAAUCGCGAAGUGACAACAUUGUGCCACUGCGAUUAAUAAGACCUGCUGGUGAUUUUUUUUUUCCUCAAGUUUCUUACCCAUCGUCUGAUCGUCACCCCACGUAUGCUGAUUGAUACAGCAUACUACAGUUAUUCAAUUCUUUGCCGCGUAUCAAAACCGAGUGAUAAGAGUCGAUUCUGUUUGUUUUAAAUUGCCUUGGGUACAAUCUACCGAUACGUUUGAAAAAAGUUCCAUCUCAGCACUUCCGCACAACCCAACCAUGUCGCAUCCAGAGGUACUGCCGGGAAGGAGGAAAGAUGAGAAGCUGUCGCCCUUCGGCGUCGCGCGUUCAACCAUCAAAGACCAGCCGCUGACCAAGGACGAGAUUGAAAAGAUGACGCAGUAUUUCUACGCGUCCCUGUAUCUAUGUUUGGCCAUGAUCUAUCUGAAGGAGAACCCUUUGCUGGAGGAGCCGCUCAAGGUUGAGCAUCUGAAAAGGCGUCUGCUAGGACACUGGGGAUCCGACGCCGGUCAGUCAUUCACAUACAUCCACAUGAACCGACUGAUCAAGAAAUACGACCUCGAUGUUCUCUUCAUCUCUGGCCCUGGCCAUGGCGCACCAGCCGUGCUCUCAAACUCGUAUCUGGAGGGAGUGUAUUCCGAGGUGUAUCCAAGCAAAAGCGAGGACAAGGAAGGUCUGCGCAGGUUUUGCAAGCAAUUCUCGUUCCCGGGAGGUAUCGGCUCUCACGCAACUCCAGAGACACCAGGCAGCAUACACGAAGGCGGUGAGUUGGGAUAUUCGGUCUCACAUGCGUUCGGCACCGUAUUUGAUCAUCCCAACUUGAUCACUCUUUGCGUAGUCGGUGACGGAGAAGCUGAGACCGGUCCGCUAGCAACCAGCUGGCAUAGCACAAAAUUCCUAAACCCGAUCACCGACGGUGCCGUGCUGCCUGUCCUGCAUCUCAAUGGCUACAAGAUCAACAACCCUACAGUUCUGUCGCGCAUUUCCCACGAUGAGCUAGAACAGCUGUUCCGCGGAUACGGUUGGAGCCCGUACUUCGUAGAGGGCGACGAUCUUGACUCAAUGCACCAAGCCAUGGCCGGAACAAUGGAGAAAUGUGUCACCGAGAUCCGCGACUAUCAGAAACAAGCUCGUGAAUCGCGUAAAGCUUUUCGUCCGCGGUGGCCUAUGAUUAUACUGCGCACGCCAAAGGGAUGGACAGGACCCAAGAAACUCGACGAACAUAAUCUUGAGGGCUUUUGGCGAUCCCAUCAGGUUCCGAUUCCCGACGUUCUGACGAAUCCAGAACACCUCAAGAUCUUGGAGAAGUGGAUGCGAUCGUAUGGUCCCGAAAAGCUGUUCAAGGACGGAAAACUCAUCCCAGAGCUGAAGGCGCUAGCACCCGAGGGCCAGAGGCGAAUGAGUGCCAACCCUGUCUCCAACGGAGGUCUCUUGCAACACAAGCUUCGCGUUCCUGACUUCCGCGAAUACGGCUUUGAAUGCCGAAAACCUGGGGUCACCAACGCGCCGAGCAUGUCCAUCUUUGCCAAGUUUCUGCGCGACAUUGUGGCCAGGAAUCAAGAUAUCUUCCGCGUCUUUGGCCCGGACGAGACUCAAUCAAACAAACUCGACGCAAUCUACGACGCAGGCAAGAAGGUGUGGCUUGCUGAAUUCUUUGACGAAGACAAUGAUGGGGGCAAUCUCGCGUAUGAGGGUCGAGUUAUGGAAAUCCUGAGCGAACAUACCAUCGAGGGCUGGUUGGAAGGCUAUGUUCUCAGUGGACGCCAUGGUCUCCUUAACAGUUAUGAACCGUUUAUCCACAUCAUUGACUCCAUGGUCAAUCAACAUUGCAAGUGGCUAGAAAAAUGUAACGAAGUAGAGUGGAGGGUUCCCGUCGCCAGCUUGAACAUUUUACUAACGAGCACGGUUUGGCGUCAGGAUCACAACGGCUUCUCUCACCAGGAUCCUGGCUUUUUGGAUGUUGUAGCCAACAAGUCUCCUGAGGUUGUGCGUAUCUAUCUUCCGCCGGAUGCAAACUGCCUUCUCUCUGUUGGAAAUCACUGUCUUCGCUCACAAAACUACGUCAACGUCAUCGUUGCCGACAAGCAGAAUCACCUGCAAUACUUGAGCAUGGAGGAUGCCAUCACGCAUUGCACCAAGGGUAUUGGAAUCUGGCAAUGGGCAUCCAACGACUCCGGCGACGAACCUGACAUCGUCUUUGGCUCGUGCGGUGACGUCGUCACUCAGGAAGCCUUGGCUGCCGUUGCGCUUCUGAGACAGAACAUUCCUGGGGUGAAAAUACGGUUCGUCAAUGUAGUUGACCUUUUCAAGCUCAUCCAGGAGAAAGAUCACCCUCACGGCCUCUCUGACGCCGAGUUCCGCUCUCUCUUCACUGACGACAAGCCAGUCAUCUUCAAUUUUCACAGCUACCCGUGGCUUGUACACCGACUCACGUACGGACGCAAGGGAAGUCACAAUUUCCACGUGAGCGGUUACAGGGAGAAGGGCAACAUCGACACACCGGUCGAGUUGGCCAUCAGAAACGGUGUCGACCGCUUUUCUUUGGCCAUCGCGGCAAUCGAUCGGAUGCCCGGCCUUGGCAACAAAGGCGCAGCAGUUCGAGAGCGUCUCUUGGACGCGCAGAUCAAGGCUCGCAACACGAGUUUCUUCGAGGGCGUGGAUCCGGAAGAGGUAACUGGGUGGACAUGGCCGUUCUAGCCUACGGCUAUCUACGCUUUUUUUUGUUGUAAAUACUGACCUGGGAAUCGUCCGAAGCUUGACAUCGUGAAACAGAAUUUAACGAGUUUUCUUGCCUGGUGGUUUAUGUACUUUGCGCUACGUCGAGGACCGUCCGUUGAGCUGAGAAGGUGUUCUGAUCCCAUUGGACGAAGGAAUCAAUAGAACUUUAAACGACAACUCAACUACCUGUUUUUCUUUUUCGCAAAACAGUAUUUAAACCAAAUUCAUCGUUCCGAAGACGUGACUUUCGGGAUCGCUCAAGCUCAGGCUUUGAGAGGAAAUUUUCGUGCCCAGCAGUCCGACAUCGAUACACGGUCUAGGAUUUUCGUCUAGAUUAGGCCGUCUAGCUAAUUAUCUUUGCUUGCUUUGCAUUCAUGUAUGGAUAUGAAUGUGUUAUCUUACUAGCCGUCAAGCUUUUCUCAUGGGGUUGAAGCUUCUUUUGAGACGUCAAUGAACCCGCGCAGUAUCUGUGAAACCUGGAACUACGUACCUAUUUUACGCCGGCGUCACGUCUGCUCCAAUGGCUCCGUGUCGAAUAGAGUAAUCUGGGGGAUGGGUCUUGCUUCUUCCAGUUCGUCUGAACAAGGAGAUGGCUAUUAUUCACUGCGCCUUGAACAGCACGCUUACUCAAUAUUGUUAGAAGAAUCGAAUCCUAGGGCGGAAAGAGGAAAACAAAAUACGGGAAGGGGGGCAAGACGGGAUCAUGGUAAGUAAAAAUUGGUCUGGGUUUUAAAAUUUUGGCAUAGUGAUGAAGAAGAGAAGAGGCCACAGAAAAUUGUCAUGGAAAUGUUCAGGAACCGACAUAA